CUUAGCGCUCCACUCCUUGUUUGGCUCUAGAAUUUCCCCAGUAGGAGGGGAGAGCGUAUAAAACUUCUGCGAGUCAGGACAGUCAGGCAGAACAACUGCUAACAAAGCUCACUGACACUGCUUCUGAACUACAAGUUUCAACAGCAGAUCUUAACUCAGUAAAAGAUGGACUUCAAAAUGAGCUACAUGGCUGAGGAAUGGAGCCUCAAGAUGCCAAAGGGACUGGACUUGGAGGUUUCACAUCAUCCAGUGACAAUGAAGAGUGCAGCCCACCUCAUCAUUGCCGUGAACGGGUUAAUGACCAGCACUUCAGAGCCAGUGCUGAGCACAGACUUCCAGGAUGAAAACCUGCUUUCCAUCAUGCUGGAGAGCACUGUGGAAGAGGACAAUAUAAUAUUGAGGACAGCUGGACCACCUCAGUUCACCAGCAGGGGUGAGACUGAGUGCACUGUCACUGACAGCCAAAAGAGGAGCUUGGUUCUUCUCCAAAGCAGCAUGGAGCUCCAUGCAGUGAUGCUGCAGGGAGGCAGUGGUGACCGCAAAGUGCACCUGAACAUGUCGACCUACGCGCACCCUACACCCAUCGCUGAGACCAGGCCUGUCGCUCUGGGCAUCAAAGGCACAAACCUCUAUCUGUCUUGUCACAAGGAUGACGACAAGCCAACCCUCCACCUGGAGGAGGUGACGGAUAAAAACAGUCUGUCAAGGAUAAGCGCUGAAAGCGACAUGGUGCGAUUUCUCUUCUACAAACGCGACACUGGGCUGAGCAUCAGCACUCUCAUGUCUGUCCGCUACCCCAACUGGUACAUCAGCACAGCGCAGGACGACGACCAGGUGGUGGAAGUGUGUCAGGAGACCGCCCCACGCUACAGAAGCUUCAACAUCCAGCUCCAGAGUUAAAACCCAUUAAAGAUUCCCAAGAUGACUUGUGGAGCUGUGUUUGCGCUCCAGUUUGACCUUCUUACUGUAUGUGCUAAGUACAUAAAUUGGAAUAAUUAAUGAUGUAAAGUUACAUCACAAGGUAGCAUCAUUGUGCUCUCUGAGCAUCUAGUGUAUUUAUUAAUCAAUAAUUUCACAUACUGUCGAUGCUUUUAUAUAUGUAUUUAUUCAUGUAUUUAUGCUAUUGCAAGAUGUUAAUUAUUUGUUUGUUUGUUUGUUUGUUUUUACAAACAAGUAUUUAAAUGAUCUAACAAUCUUAAAUAAAUUUUUAUUCCCAAUUUAUAUUUGUGGCUGAUAUAUUCUUUAAAUAUCUGGUAAUCCACUCAAAUAGGGAUAAAUAACAGACAAUAACAGUCUCUCACCACAACACUACAUCACAAGGUAGCAUCAUUGUGCUCUCUGAGCAUCUGGUGUGUAGUUAAUAAUCAGUAAUCUGACACAUUGUCAAAGCUUUUAUGUAUUUAUUUAUUUAUUUUUAUUUCCAUUUUUAUAUGUUAUGUCUUAUUUUUCUUUAGAUUUGAUUGAAAGGUAUUUGAUAUGUGAGACUGAAACUUCACACCAGUCAUUUUAUAUGUUUAAACUGUGUACUGUAACAUUUUCAUGCAAUGAGAAGGCUGUAGAUUUGAGAUGGAAUGACCCUACUGUAAUACUCUUGUCUAAAGUAGACACAUUGUUUUAAAUCUUUUGUUCACCUUGUGUGAAAAAAAAAGCUCUAAUAAUAUGUUUCUUACAAAGAUCUACAAUAAAAAAUCAAUAUUUUGACAA